AGACAAUAGGCUGUAAUCACUCCUGCUUCAGAGCUUCUGGAGAGCUGAUCUCCAGGCUUUCUGCGAGAACAGAGGAAGGAAAACCUGGGGGGUGGGCGGGGGGCCUUUGUGAGGAGCAGAACAUCUGAGGAGACCAACCAACUCCUCAUCAGAAGACUUUUCCAAUCUGGAAAUCCAGCCCAGAGCAUGGUCCUGCCCCCGCCCGGACUCUGAUGGUCAGCAUGAUCUCCCAGUACCCUCUGGCCACCCUCCUGCCCUGGCCCGCAACCCCCCAGCACCACCACUGCCCCGACCUGGACUGCACUUUACUGCUGGAAGGGGAGGGAGGCGUCGCCCUGCAGAGCUUCCAGCCCCGCUACCCGGAGAGCAGCCCCCAGCACUGGAGCUCGGUGCAGGACUGGGGGGAAGAAGUCGAGGACGGAGCGGUCUACAACGUGACGCUGAAGAGGGUCCAGAUCCAGCAGGCGGCCAACAAGGGGGCGAGAUGGCUGGGGGCGGAGGGCGACCGCCUGCCUCCCGGCCACACCGUCAGCCAACUGGAAACCUGCAAAAUCCGAAGCAUCCGUGCAGGAACGCUGGAGCGCCUGGUGGAGACGCUGCUGACGGCGUUCGGAGACAACGACCUGACCUACACCUCCAUCUUCCUCUCCACCUACAGAGCCUUCGCCAGCACGCAGACCGUGCUGCAGCUGCUGCUGGACAGGUAUGGAAACGUGGAGGAGAAUGGCCUGGAGCCGGAGCAGUGCCACAGCCCUGAGGGCCGCGGAGCCAUCAGGAAUGCCCUGGCUUCCAUCCUGCGGGCCUGGUUGGACCAGUGUCCCGAGGACUUCCAGGAGCCCCCGGACUACCCCUGCCUCCACAGGCUGAUGGGAUACCUGCGGAGAGCUCAGCCGGGCUCGGAGACGCUCAGACGGGCGGAGAGUCUGCUGGUGCAGCUGCAGAACCAGGCCGGCCAGGACGAGGCGGAUGGUGGUUUCCAUGGCAACAGUUCUUUCUGCCUCGGGGAGGAGGAGGAAGUGGAGAUUGAGGUCCAGGAGGACUUCCUGUCCUUCGACGCUGACCUGGUGGCCGAGCAGCUGACCUACAUGGACGCGGUUCUGUUCAAGAAGGUGGUCCCUCACCACUGCCUGGGCUCCAUCUGGUCCCAGAGGGACAAAAAGGACAACAAGCACAGCGCCCCCACCAUCCGAGCCACCAUCACUCAGUUCAACGCCGUGGCGGCAUGCGUGGUCAGCACGGUGCUGAAGCACAGGCAGCUGCGGCCGCACGUGCGCGCGCGGCUCAUCCAGCGCUGGAUCGAUGUGGCUCAGGAGUGUCGGAUACGCAAGAACUUCUCCUCGCUGCGAGCCAUCGUGUCGGCGCUGCAGUCCAACCCCCUGUACCGCCUGAAGAGAGUCUGGGCUUGUGUGCACAGGGACAGCAUGCAGACCUUCGAGGAGCUCUCCGACAUUUUCUCCGACCACAACAACUACCUGACCAGCAGGGAGCUCCUCAUGAGGGAAGGUACGUCAAAGUUUGCCAGUCUGGAGAGCUGCGCCAAAGAGCACCAGAAACGGACGCACAAGAGGCUCCAGCUGCAGAAGGAAAUGGGGGCCAUGCAGGGAACCAUCCCGUACUUGGGGACCUUCCUGACUGACCUGACCAUGCUGGACACGGCGCUGCCCGACCUCGUUGAGGGCGGCCUGAUCAACUUUGAGAAGAGGCGCCGGGAGUUUGAGGUGAUCGCUCAGAUCAAGCUGCUGCAGUCGGCCUGUAACAGCUACUGCCUGAGCGGAGACGCCGCCUUCCUCCGCUGGUUCCGGAGCCAGCCUCAGCUCAGCGAGGAGGAGAGCUACGCCCUGUCCUGUGAGGUGGAGGGUCCGGGGGACGGCAGCCCCACGUCGCCCAAACCCCGGAAGAGCAUGGUGAAGAGGCUCAGCCUGCUGUUCCUCGGCACAGACAGCAGCGCGGCCAGCUCCCCCGUCAGGGACAUGCCCCGGUCGCCCCCUACUGGCAGCUCGGGGGAGAGCAUGGACUCCGUCAGCGUGUCGUCCAGCGACUCCAGCGGCCCUUCAGACAACGAGGGACUCGCCACCCCCACGCACAGCUCCCAUCCAAGCAAGUUAGCCGAGUCCUCCUCCUGCACUUCCCUUCACUCCAUGGACACCAGCUCCUCCACGGCCAGCGUCUCCAUGACUCCCACGUCCCCCGCCCUCUCGGGGCCCCCCUGCACCCACAGGCGCUGCGUCUCCCUCACGCCCAUGUCCCCCGGAUCCACGUCCCAGACGCCGGCGUACAACACGCAGGCCCAGGACGCGUGCAUCAUCCGGGUCAGCCUGGAGCACGGGAACGGGAAUCUGUACAAGAGCAUCCUGCUGACCAGUCAGGACAAAACCCCCGCCGUGAUUUCCCGCGCGAUGGCAAAACACAACCUGGAGGGGGAGCCAGAGGAGGGAUACGAGCUGGUGCAGGUCCUCUCCGAGGAGAAAGAGCUGCUGAUUCCCGACAACGCCAACGUCUUUUACGCCAUGAACACCUCGGCCAACUUUGACUUCCUGCUGCGCGUGCGGGGCUCGGGGGGGCGGCCCGUGCAGCUGCGCAGCCGCUGCAGCUCCACCCUCCCCCGGGCGCAGCAUCGCUCCAGCCUGUCGCUCAGACUCAGCAAAGUGACGCUUUGACGCAGCCGUCCGCCGCCGGACGAGGACGGCUCCUGGGGGGUCAGCUCUGGGGCGAACCGUUUCGCCGCCGCUGCCGCCGCGCCCCCCUCGUCCGGCUGCUGUGUGAACUGAAGAGAAACAGCGACACCUAGUGGCCUGAAGUUUUGCACAUGUGGGAGCAGCCAAACUCCUGACCUCCGACAGUAUUUAGAGACUGGACACCUGCGGGAGCGCCGCCGCCGGAUGCGGGACAGCGUUCUGAAUGACAUCAGCUGAUCGACAGAAGCUGUGGAUCCAGGUUCUCCUCCGUCAGGCUCCACCCCCGGCCUGUCAGUCUUGUGCACAGUGUGCACGCUGUACGUGUGCUCCGCCCCUUUUCCUGUGAGAGCUGAGUGAUGAAUGCAGAAGUGUAUUCUGAUUGGUUCCUGUACUUGGUUUUAUCAAGUCCUGAAGUGGCCUUACCCCCCAUCCUGAGGAGGGAAACUGCAGCCGAGUCUCCUCCUCCUCCUUCUCCUCCUCCUCCUCC